AUGGCAUCUCUUAAUAUGGAAUUACCCCAGGAGGGUACCUCCAGCUCUGCUGGAGGAGAAUCCCUCCCCGCGGCUUCGGCCGCGGGCUGCCCCGCGUACUCUGGGGGGGGCAAAGACUGCCUUUCUUAUACAACCACGACCCAGGCUAGGACAACGGAUUUGAUUGCAAGUGAUUUGGUGACGGUUACGGAGGUGACGAGGCGCCCAUCAUUGGUCGGCGUCCAAUUGAAGGAGGCGAGAGUGCUGCUGGAGCGCGUUCCGAUAGUGGUACCGAACGCCUCGCAGCAGCGCCUACCGGCAUUCAGCGACACGUCGGACUCCGAUGUGUCGCUGAUGGAUAUGGAGGUAGAGCCACCGGAGGACAGAGAAGACCGGCACCCUGGGUACUCCUGGGGGAGCCUUGGUCGGAAACGGUUACGGGACCAAGCCGUCGCACCAGGCGACGCAGAGACGGGACCCUCGCCCAAACUGGCAGGGACAAAGAAGGGCCGAGGUCGGCCAUUGACACCCGGCGGGUACGUAGGGUUCGACUUGGCGAAGCGGGAGUUGGCGGAAGCUACCCGACGCCAACGAGAAUGGGAGGCGGAGAACGACCUAGCCGAGGUGACGACGGGGCUGCGGUCGACAAAAGUAGGGGCCCGACUAGCGGAAACCUACACAUCGGAGGAUGAAGAGCUAGGCUCGGCUGAACUUGGCGGUCAAAUAGAGCUUGGCGCAGCGGCCGUAGCGACCGUUUGCGCCAAGUCUAACAAUCUUAAAGGGACUGCCAAGAAGGCGCUCAAGGAGGCGGUAGCGCAGAUUCGGGCGGCGUCAAAGCUCCUGACGACGCGCAAUAUAAAUGAGGAGACGAGGAUUCUGCAAGCGGCCAACUCUCGCCUUCAGGCGGAGAUGGUCGCAUUGAAGAAAGAGGUGGCGGAACUGAAGGCGUGCAUGCUGCAGGUGGGGGCGAUACCCAAACCCGCCGCAGCGGCAUGCCCCCAAAACACGGACGAGGACUUGGAGAACCGGAUCCUAAGCAGGCUCUCGGACCGACUCAACGCUCGCAUAGACGGGCUAGAGCCGCGUCUGAAUCCAGAGCCUCGCUUGCGACCGGCACUGGCUCACGACAGGCGUGAGGCGGAAGCCAGGAGGAAACCCCCGGCAAGCCGCCCACGCCAAACACCGGCUACGACCCAGGCAGAACUGCCUGAAGUGCGCCUCCCUGAACCGGCCCAAUCGGGCUGGAUCAAGGUCGGCGCAAAGGGAAAGGCGAAGGCGUCGACCUCUACAUCGACGCCGGCCGCUUCUUCUGCUUCUACCACGGCCCUAGCCGCCCAAUCGGGCAAAAAGGCUAUGAAGAAGGCCAAGAAGAAGAAGAAGAAGUCGGCCAAGAAACAGGAGACGGAACGUCCCCUCCCGCCGGCGCCUGCAUCCAUGAAGGAGACCAUGGCGUCGGUCGUGAAGAGGGGUCUAAGGGAAAAGGCGCCGACGGUCACCAGAUCGGCGCCCACGCCCAAGAAGAAGGAGCUGGAGAAGGCCAAGCCUUCUCCCAAGCUGCGGGCCCCCAAGACCUCGGCAGUCGUGGUGACUUUACAUCCCACGGCUGUGGAGAAGGGGGUCACGUACGCCAAAACCCUGGCUGAGGCCAGGAAAAGAGUAAACCUCAAGGACCUGGAGAUUGAGAGUGUCCGCUUCAAGCGCGCGGCGACCGGGGCCUCAAUUAUUGAGGUCUCCGGUGCCGAUAACGCGCCAAAGGCGGACCUCCUCGCCGACAGGCUCCGCGAGGUUUUCGGGAACGGCGGCGAUAUCACCGUCUCCCGACCAACAAAAACGGCGGAACUGUUGGUGGCGGGGUUGGAUGACUCCGUCACCAAGGAAGAAGUGGCAGAAGCGGUCGGUGCCAAAGGUGGUUGCGCGGUAGACCGCGUAAAGGUGGGACCGCUCCGGCAAGAGAGGUCCGGCCUCUUCGCGGUCUGGGUGGCAUGCCCCGUCGAAGCUGCCAAAAGGGUAGUUGAGGGCAAGCUGCUCAUAGGUUGGGUCUCGGCCAGAGUGAAGCUCCUUGAACGCAGGGAGCUGAGGUGCUUCAAGUGCCUUCACUCUGGCCACGUCAAGGCGCGGUGUACCGCGGUGGUCGACCGGGGGCUUCAAUGCUACCGGUGCGGCCAGAUGGGACACCGCGCCGCUGACUGUAAUGCUGCCCCUCACUGCACACUGUGUGCGGAGGCUGGAAAGGCAGCAAACCAUCGCUUGGGGAGCAAGUCAUGCUCGGCCCCCAAGAACAGGAUGGUCAGGAGGGUGUUUGUUGCGAGCAGCGCCGGCCCGCAACAGGCACAAACACCACCGAGCGGUGUAGAAGCGAUGGAGACGGAAAAUUUAACAUCACAUAAUGACGAGUAG